AUGUACCAAAGCUACGACUCAUCCUUCCAAGAAUAUUGCUCGUUCUGUGAACAGCGACUUGCCAAUGGUGACAGCAUUUACUGCUCCAAAGAUUGCCAAUUAAAAGACCUAUAUGUAAACACCAACACUGCCAGCAGAAGGGCCUCGGCCAACUUUGUCCAGUUUGGCACCUACUAUGAUCCGUUGUCUCUGAACAGCGCUAUUCCAUCACCAUCAUCAUCAUCUUCUUCUUCUUCUACCACCAGCCCAUUGUCGUCGGCAUCGUAUCAUGAUUACUCCCUCAGUGCUAUCAACGAUGCCAACUCCCCAACUUCUUUGAGAACCGCUAAUAAUACCAUGUCUCCAUUAUCUUUUCCUUCGGCUGCUUUACAGUAUUACAAUGAAUCAACGCUCAAAAGCUCUUCCAAAGAAAACAAAGAUCAUAAAAAGCGCCAUGUCACUACAAAACCAAACGUUGGUAUGAAUGGGGAAUCUGCUGCUUACUGGAAAAGUAUUCAACAAAGUAGAAACAGUUUCCGUUGA